UUUUGUUUUAGAAGUAUAGCGGUUACAUAGUGUGUGGGGGAGACGUUUUCAUGAUUGGCGCCCUGACGGGUUGGGCAGAAAGUUGGAGAUGGGUGGAUUUGUUUUGGGAGCUUAGGGUUCUUCCGAAUAAUGGGGGGUUGAGGUUUAGUGUGGACACGUGGUUGAAUUUGGGGUGGGAUUCAGGAUCAUCCGUCUGGUGAAGUUCGGUUUUUUUUUAUUUAUUUUUUUUUUAAGACGGAAACAUUCAAUUCAUAGAGUGGUACCUGUUGCCAUAGGGAUCUGUGGUUACGGUGUAAGUGGGUUAAUUUACUAAAUAUAGGGACAGAGAGUCGAAGGAGAGAGGCCUGAGAGUCGCGUGGAGUGCAAGAGAGAAAGAGGUCCUGAUGAGCUAUCUGGAUAGAGGGGGUGGUUCUAGAGUGAGAGUGUCAGGGGGGAGUGGGCACGAUUGGAGGCACGAUGUUAGAGACAGAAGGGAUUGGGGCGAUGGAACAGAUAGGUGGAAUAGGUCGCACCAAGAGAAGGAUUACAGAAGGAGAAGGCCGUUGAGAGAGGGAGGAUCUUAUUAUAGCAGAUGGGAAGAAGAGAAAGGCCAAUACGGGUAUCGAAGAGGAGAGAAUGGUUCAGAAAUGGAGAGGAGGUUUGAGUUACAAGGUGGAGAGGCGUCUUUGGAUAGAGACGGGAGGAGGUUGAGUCGCUACGCAGCGAGGCCAGGGGAUUUAGAAGAGAGAGGGCGUAGAGAUGUGUUGGAUUCUCCUAGAGAGGCAGUGGGUAGGUUAAGAGCGGGGGAGAAGGAGUCGGUGGAUCUGGUAACGUAUAAAGGGGCUAGGGUUGACCGCAGUUUUGAUAGGAAGAAGGAGGUAGUGGGGUGUCGUCAGAAGUCAUUAGAAAUGGAGAAGAGGAGAGAUAGAGGUGUUGAGUCUUCUAAUGGUUACAGAGCUAUGGAAAAGAGAGAUUAUGUAGAUACAGGGAGUAAGGAAGGGGAUGAUAGGUUUGAAGAGCGUUAUCAGAGGGAUUUGGGGAAGAGCGCAUUUCAAGACAGAAGAACGACGGAUCAGGAUGAUAAUUUCGUUAGGGAGUAUGAUAAUUUUCGUAGGGAGGACGACAGAUAUCAGCGUGGAAGGUCUUCUGGGUGGUCUAGAAGAGAUGACGGAAUAGCUUUAUCUAACCGUGAACAGCAUCGCCAGGUUGAUUUUUCAGAUAGCGCGGUUCGUCGACCUCGCGAAGAUGGGGCUGAGCGUCUAGCGGGCUCUGCUGCCGGAGAGGGCCAGGUUGGAGAUUCUUCUUGCGCUAGAGAUUUGCGCCAUGGAGUCACAAAGGACAGGCAGCCACAGAGAGAGGGGAGCGACUACUGGAGUAGGCGAGCGGAAGUGGACCAUUCUAGACGUGGGGUCUACGAUGAAGAAAGGAGAGGCGAAAGAAGAGGCAUUGGGACAAGGACGAAUGAGGGAUCUAAGCACACGGUGCCAAGAUGGUUACACGAAGGUGACGAUCAUCUUAGAGGCGCACGCGGGCCAUCCAACAUACAAGCGUCUCAUGUUCCCUUUGGGGUUUCGUUGUCAAGAAAAGAUUCCAAAAGAACGGGAGCAAAUGUUUUCUCUUCUCGUCGUUUGGAAGACCCAAGUGCAACACAUAGCGCAACACAUAGUGCAACACAUAGUGCAACACAUAGUACAACACAUAGUGCAACACAUAGUGCAACACAUAGUACAACACAUAGUACAACACAUAGUACAACACAUAGUACAACACAUAGUAAAACACGUAAUGCUACACAUAGUACUACACCUAGUGCAGCACCUAUUACUACACCUAGUGCAGCACCUAGUGCUACGCCUAGUGCUACGCCUAGUGCUACACCUAGUACUGCACCUAGUACUACACAUAGUGUUACACAUAGUGCUGCACCUAGUACUACACAUAGUGUUACACAUAGUGCUGCACCUAGUACUACACAUAGUGUUACACAUAGUGCUGCACCUAGUACUACACAUAGUGUUACACAUAAUGCGCUACCCGGUACGGAGUCUGGACAGAGGCAUGCCCAGGCGCGCGUUCACCGAAGUGAUAAGGAAAAGGCUCAAGUCGACUCUCCUGCUAAGCGAGGUGAAGAUGACAGGGUGCGAGAUAGGAAACCUUCGGAGCCCGUUGAAGGAGGAGAUGCGUCGAAUGCUGAUUUGGGUCGCCACAAAAGAAUGAGUAACGACGCAUAUCCUCCUCGCUCUGAGAAGAAGGAGUCCGAAUCGGACAAGAAACGAGGUGCGAAUACCGAAAAGAGACUUGAUGUGGCUUCAAGGCGGCAGGAUUCCGAAAAGAAUCUGAGCACCGACGAGAACUUUUCUAAAGGAGGAGGCAGUGCCUAUGACGAAGGUCCUUCUCAUCACUUCAGCGCUAACCGGAGCGCGGGUCAUUCUCACGAUUUUCGUCGAAGACACGACGUUUCUCCCAUAUCGUCGCCUGUGACCGGCGUACAGGAGGCAGCUCGGCCUUCGACGGAUUCCGCCUGGAGAAAACGCCCGCUGUCCUCCCUUCAUCAGUCCGAUGAGGGGAACCACAAUCGCCCAGCAUCUGACAGUAAGUGUUCUAAGAGCCGGUGCACCGACCAGCAGCCCUCCUUGCCGCCUUCUCGCGGAGAGCCCUCCUCUCCUUUCUCGUCGGAGGGCGUUUCCCCCGAUCUGAAACUCCGCGCCGAACUGGCCGCAAAAAUAGAAGAAAAAGACAAUCAAAUCUCGAAACUCAUGUCUCAACUCGAAUCCCUUCGAUCGGAACGCGAAAAAGUACUACAAAUCCUACAAAAAAGUCGAAGAGACAAGCUCCUUUCUCACUCCGUCCUCUCAUCUCGAGAGCGUCAACCCACCGCUCUGCAGAAGUCCACCACCACCCUCCUUAGCCCCCUUCGCCUGGAGCCAAAGGCCUUCGUCGACUUGGUCUGCCAACAAAACUACCGACUCGCCCUGCGAGCCAGACAUGCACUCGACGCCCAACUGAGCACCACCGGUCGACCACUGGCCACUCUGUAUCGCCCCUAUUUGACCUACUUGAAGCAUAGCAAUAGACUGUUCGCCAGAGCGGUCUACGCAGACUGUCUAUCCAAUCCGAAUUCCAUCUUCGCCGACGACGGCGUCGACCCCUCUGUUCUUCCACCCUCCGCGACUGAAACAGCUGCUGCGUCCAGUGACCAAUCGUCUCCUCUCUCUGCCUAUUCCACUUCUCUGGACCUUUGCUCUCUGCCCGAUUCCAGCCUCCUUUCCCACCUCGACCAACACGGGUUCGCCAACAAACCCUCCUUCCGCAACUCCAACCCCUCUUUGGACAUCGACGUCCGCCUGGGGUCGCCCACGCUCGGCCACGCCUUCCCCAGGCUCUCCCGCGAAAACGGAAAAUACGCCCUCGAACUGGAUCCUGGAGACCCCGACUACUUCCCCUCCUUCGUGUUCCGCUCCGGCGCCUGCAACGAACCCACCGCCUGUCUGGACGACUCCUCCAUCUUCAUCCCCCCCCUCUCCGACUUCUCCGACCCGGCGCCUCCCUCCCCCCCCCCGGACCCCUCCUCUUACGCCUUCUACGCCGAAAACCUCUCCACCCACCGGGACCUCAAGCCCGCGAUCGCUCGCGCCGUCACCACUCGACGCUCCUCCCAGCUCAGGGUCAUCGACCACCUCGCCAAGGCGCACCACCGAUCGACCGCCCAGUGGCUCAGACAGCUCAGACUCGCCCAAGAAGAAGAGGCCACGCUUCGGCUGCUUCAGAACAAAAAAUUCCUCAACUUCGUUCAGAUGGGGCGCCGGCUCCCCUCCAGGUCCAGCUCUCGCUACGUCUCCGACGAGCGACCGCGGCGCCGACAGUCUCUCUCCGGCGCCGGCUCCUCGCGCCAGUCCGCCUCCUACGUCUGCGGCCUCGACGACCCCGACGACCAAUACGACGCCGAGCGCUUCGAGAAGACCAAGGCUCAGGUCCCGCCCAUGCUCGUCUUCGACCCCGACUACGAGCACAAGAAGUACUCCAUGGUCGACUUCAACGGCUUCGAAGAGAACUCCGUCAUGGUCGACAAGUGCUAUAAGGCGGACCGACCCUGGUACGCCGAGGAGGAAGAGGUCUUCGUUCGCGGUUACCUCCGCUAUCACAAAGACUUCAGAAAGAUAAGCGCGCUCUUUCCUCAGAAGACCUUGGCGGAAAUCAUUUGGUUUUAUUAUCGCCAGAAAAACAGACUCGACCUCAAGAGGAGGGCCGCGCAGCGCGAGGGCAUCGACGCGCACGCCGCGGCCCUCCACACCUAGCUGCCCAGGC